UAAAAUAGUCAAAAUAAAUUUCUCAAGAAUUGUGAGUGAAAAGUGCUCCGAAAAACUUCAAAUUUGUGAAAAAGUUUAAAAUCAAAGUCGAUAAGAUCAGAAAAUUAAUUAAAUUGUGAAGAUAAAUGGAACAAAAAUAAAGCAAAGUUCAACAAAAGUCAAAUUAAGUGAAAAAUUAGGAAAUUUAAGAAAUAUGGACUCAUCACUUGACCUACCACAAAUUAAAACAGAGCUACUGCAAGCACAGAAUAAACAAGAAAUAAAUAUGCCAAGUACAGGAAAUAUUGAGUUUUGUCUCGUAUGUGGAGAUAGAGCAUCUGGAAGACAUUAUGGCGCAAUAAGCUGCGAAGGCUGCAAAGGAUUCUUCAAGCGUUCAAUUCGCAAACAACUCGGCUAUCAAUGCCGAGGUUCCAUGAACUGUGAAGUCACAAAGCAUCACCGUAAUCGCUGUCAGUAUUGCCGACUACAAAAAUGCCUCGCAUGCGGAAUGAGAAGUGAUUCUGUUCAGCAUGAACGGAAGCCGAUUGUGGACAAGAAGAAUGAUGCAAUGAAGGCUCAACAAUCACAAGAGAACGGCAGUGACUUAAAAUCACGUAACAAAAGAGAAUCACAUCCAAAUUCAUUGAAUUAUUUGAAUUUAUUCCAACUUAAUCCACUUCUUAUGCAUGCGGCUGGUGCUACACAAUUCAAUUUACCACCGUCACCGACCAAAGAAGCACCAACAACAACGAAAGUUGAGGAACCAACAUUCAUACCCGAGCCAACUGAUAAUAAAUUCAAGAAUGGAUCAUCAGAGCUUUAUGAGACAGUAUUAGAACAGAAAUUACUCAACGAUACUCUAGACUUGAUUCAAAUGGUCGAGACGUCCUUAACAUCCUCAACUUAUGACUCAUAUAAUGGAAGCUAUAAUGAGCCAUUGACCGAAUCUUUCCUUAAUUCCCUCCAAGAUGACAAUGCCGUGCAAUUUAAAAUCCAAAUUCCAAAUUUACUGCCAAAAAUGCACUUUGUGUGUGAAAUUGGAAGUCGUGUGCUGUUCAAGACUAUCGAAUGGCUGCGCGAUCUUCAAGUUUUUCAAUAUUUCAAUUCAGAAAUUCAAUGUGAGAUGCUUAAAAAUUGUUGGAUUGAACUUUUAGUCAUUGGAAUUGCUCAAGUCUGUUCAGCACCACAGCAAGGACAUCUCAAGUCAAUGAUUGUGUCUACUUUAGUGAAUUAUGUCAAGUCACUGCUGAUUUUGAGUGAACAGAACCAAAAGAAUGAAGGCAAAGCAACAAUUAAAGGACGUAAAGUGAAAAAGAUGCUUAAUAAUAUUGUCAUGCUUAAUAAGUUCAUCGAUAAUGUUGCUGGACUGGAACUUGAUGCUGUAGAAUUUGCACACAUUCGACUUCUUUCGUAUUUUAAUUCUAAUCGAAUUUACAUGACUGAAAUAAAGCUUAAAAAUCAUGAAGACAGGAUCGUUGAAAGUCUUCAAAAUUAUGACAAACAUAAAAAUGACUUCCGGAUCAUUUCAAUCUACCAGACCAUGGCUAUGCUGCCUUCAUUUAAUGAGAAAAUUAUUGAGAAACUUUUUUUCAACAUUCUUGUGGAUUUCAUCAAAAUUGACAAUGUCAUACCUUAUAUCCUGAAUUUAAAUAAUUCUGGUACUGGUGAGCAAGGUGUUAAGCAUGAGAAGGACUAUGAAGCUGAUGAGAAUUCACCGUCCAUAAAUGGAGAUGAGCAGAGGUAUUAUAACAGUUAUAGUGAUGGUGGGGAUGAUAAGAAUUGAGUUGGGAAGAGCUGGAAUAGCUUUGAAGAUGCUAGCUAGCUACACUUCUACCCUGGCCCAACUAUAGCCUCAGCCAACCAUCCUCUACCCUCCAAUUACUAUCCUUAUCAGUUUAAAAAAUUAUUUGUUUCUCAACAAUUUUAAAAGUAUUUUCUUAAAAAUAUAAAAUCAAAAAAUUGAAAAUCAAGAUUAAGUUUUGAAAAAAUAGCAA